AAUGGAUCAGAAUUAUGAUAAUGACAAUAUAAUAAUAUUUGUUAAGUCUGCCAGCACGUUGAUCUUAUUCCUAAUCAUUUUGUUUACAGCCAAUCUUCCCUUUAAAUCAAAGACUUUUAGAGAGAACAAAGUAUAUAUCUAUAUUAUAUUUUAGCCAUUGGUUUCUAUCUCUUAAGCCUUUUCAGGGGGAUUGUUCUUAUCAGUUGCUCUUUUGCAUUUAUUGCCUGAGUCAUAAGAUAAAUAUGAAACAUCCCAAAGCAAUGGAGAAAUGCCAAAAAAAGAAUUAUUUCCUUUUCCAUUUUUAAUUACUAUACUAAGCUUUGCAUUGAUUUUGUUUAUAGAAAAAAUAGUGACAAAUCAUAAACAUUAGCAUUAAGAUGUAAUCAAAUAACUAUUUUAAUAAGCAUGUUGAUGUACAACCUACAUAAAAUAUUGAAUUACUUAGAUCAGAUGAGAGUAUUUGUUGCAGUUAGAUUGGAGCAUGUUGUAAUUAAGUUGAAAGUUAAGCAUAAGAAGAUGUAUUAAGAAAUGCCAUCUCUUCAUAAGUAAAGAUGGCAUAAAGGGUAGGAUUUAAUGAAAUAAAAAAUAAAACUAAAAUUAAAAAAGCUAAUAAAUCUUCAAACAUAACUCCUUAUUUAUUGCAAUUAGCUGUAGGAAUUCAUGCUAUCUUUGAAGGACUAGCAAUAGGAAUAGAAUCAAAUCUUAGUAGAUGUAUAGGUAUUGCAUUGGCAGUGUUUUGUCAUAAAUGGGUAAAUAUUAUUUCAAUUUAAUAAGGCUGAGGGUCUCACUUUAGGAUUGGCAUUUAAAAAAGCAAAAAUUAAUCAUUCUAAGGCUAAGAAACUUAUAUUUCUACAAGCUUUGAUGAAUCCAUUAGGUAUUUCAAUAGGUUGGAUUUUAUCAUCAAAUAAACUUAUAAUAGUUAGUAUCUUUUAUGCAAUAUCAGCUGGAACAUUUUUAUACAUUUCUACUAUUGAAGUAAUUGUAGAAGAGUUCAAUGUUGCUAGAUACAAACUAUUCAAAUUUUUAGCAUUUUUAAUCGCCAUUGGAUUUAUAAGUUCAAUUUGGUUGUUGGAAUAGAUUGAUUUUUGA